AUUGGAGGAUUUUACCGGGGACUGUCAUGGCCACUCUUAUCCACUGGUUUUACCACGUCAGUAUUUUAUGGUGUUUAUGGCAAUACGCUGACAUUUCUGGAACCGGACAAGGCAAAACAGAAGUCAGCUCAUGGAAAAAUAGUUCUAGCCGGAAGUGUGGCCGGGACGGUCCAGGCACUUCCGGUCAUUCCAAUUGAUUAUAUUAAAGUGGUUCUACAGGCACAAAUUCCCACGCUUGGAGACAAGUCUACAGCUAAGAUCAAAGGUUUGAGUACAGCCGACAUCCUCUACUUCCGUGGCCCAACAGACUGCGCACGCACCAUUUUAAGGACCAAGGGAAUAACAGGACUGUUUAAAGGAACCACAGCAACGCUCCCUAGAGAAGUUAUUUUCUUUGGGUUUUACGGCUUAAUAUAUGAAUGCCUCAGUGACUUCAUCAAACAGAAGAAAUUUACAGAUUCACGUGGAUUUUUUGCGGAUUUUAUCGGUGGUGGAUUUGCCGGAAGUAUAUCUUGGAUUUUUGUGAUACCGUUUGACGUCAUAAAAAGUCGUUACCAGGCUGACUUUCAGGGCAGGUACAAGAGUCCCGUUGACUGUGCUAUACAAAGCUACCGAACAGAAGGUUUAGGCGUCUUCUAUAGAGGUUGUAUUGUCACGUGCGUACGAGCAUUUCCGGUAUGCGCAGUUUCCUUUAUGGUGUACGCCCAGGUGACUCAGUGGCUGAGAAGCAUCGAAUGA